AUGGAAGAUAUUCUACCAGGGCCAGUUAGUCAGGAAGUUAUCUUAGAUAACUCGUAUCAUGUGAGUGAUGCUGUUUGGGCUGGUGUUGAUCGGGGUCCAUUGGAGUGUUUCUGUGGCAACCGGUCUAUGAGGAGCUGGUUUCUUUCUGAUGCUCAGAAGGAAAUUCUACAUGCUAUAGGGUUUGGCGUGUUUGCCAAUCCCAGACUUAUACUUCAGACUGACGCGAGGCUAGUGAGUGCUCUUGUUGAGAGGUGGCGUCCGGAGACCAACACAUUCUUCAUGAGACAGGGGGAGAUGACUGUGACCUUGGAGGAUGUUGGUUACAUAUUGGGGUUGCCCAUUCAUGGUCGGUCUUUAGUGGGAGAUGCUAUUGACAACCAGAAGGACUUUUUUCAGAGGAACUGGUUUGAGGAGUUGUCGACAGCUGACGUGGAUCCGGCUCAUACUAGGGGCGGGGUGAGGUACACAUGGUUGUUUGAGACGUACGGAGCUGAUCCCGGUCCUGAUCCAGAGCGGAUUCUCAUCCACACGCAGGCCUAUUUGUUCGUUGUUGUAGGUGCUGUUCUUUUUCCUACUACUAGUAGGAAUAUGGUGCAUCCCCGGUAUCUCCGCCAUCUUCGCAGACUGAGGGAGAUUCCUACAUGGUCUUGGGGUUCGGCAGUGUUGUCUUACUUGUACAGGGGGUUGUAUCACGCCACACAGAAGGAUGCCAAGAAGAUAUCAUGUUGUGUGUGGUUGUUGAUGCUAUGGUCUUAUGAGAGGUUCGAGAUUGGUAGACCUAUUCCCGAUGAGAGCAGGGGCAGCUAUCCGGUAGCUGAGUUCUGGGCUAUGCCUGACGAGGAUGAGGAGGAGGACGAGGGUAAGGGGAAGAAGGGGAAGGUGGAGGGCAAGGGGACGGGAAAGGAAGAGGCGAAGGGCAAGGGGAAGGGAAAGGAAGAGGUGAAGGGCAAGGGGAAGGGGAAGGAAGAGGGGAAGGGGAAGGGGAAGAGGGGUAAGGGGAAGGGGAAGGGGAAGGAGCCUGAUAUUCCCGAGGAGAUUGAGGAGGAGGAGGAGAUUGAGGAGCAGGGCUAG